CCCUUCGUAUGUUUUCGUUGGGGGAAAAGUUGUGGGUGGCCGAUAGUGUGAAGGUAGGGUGUGCUUGGUUUUUAACCCUUUGGCCGUAGGAGAAUGAUAUAUUGUAUCUUUGGGAGAUAGACACUAAGGGGAUAUGCAUGUGGUAUAAGUAUAAUUUUUAACUUUUUUGUUAGUUCUGGCCCGUGCACAUUUACUGGCUAGCGUUGUAAGAGCAUUUCACCUCACCCCCUUUUCCCGUUAGCCUGUUAGCUUUCUCUUCCAUAGUUUUUGUGGGACAGCUGGAAAAAGGGUUUAGAGAAAUGGCGGAAACCAAAAUAAUAUACCACAUCGACGAGGAGGAGACGCCGUAUUUGGUGAAGAUUCCGAUUCCUGCCGAAGAUAUCACUUUGUUGGAUUUUAAACAGGUCUUGAACAAGCCCAACUACAAAUUCUUCUUCAAGUCUAUGGACCAGGACUUUGGGGUGGUGAAGGAAGAGAUCUCGGAUGAAAGUGCUAAGCUCCCCUGCUUCAACGGACGUGUGGUGUCCUGGUUGGUAUCAUCAGACACCCCAGCAGCAGCAGAGCUGGUAUCACCAGUCCUUCCUCCGCCCCCAGCAGAAGUACGGCCCCUGCCCUCACCCCCUCCUCCUCCCCUCCCACCCCCACCUGUCGAGAGGACCGGGGGCAUCGGUGACUCCAGACCCCCAUCAUUCCAUCCCAAUGCAGCAGACAGUGUGGAGAACCUGGAUGACCAGUCGGAAACAGAGUCCGUGGUGUCUUUUCGGAGAGAACGACCCAGACACAGGGAGGCCAUGGAUCAGCGUGGGCCGAGGAUGAACGGCCAGAGCGGCAUGGAGCGCCACCUAGCGGGCUAUGAGAGCGCUACCACUGUGAUGAGCAGCGAGCUGGACACCACCAGCUUCUGUGACUCCGAGGAGGACGACACCAUCAGCCGAUUCAGCGGCUCCACGGAGCAGAGCACGGCAUCCAGGCUGCUCAAACGCCACCGCAGACGCAGGAAACAGCGCCCCCCGAGGCUAGAAAGGGCGUCGUCGUUCAGCAGUGUGACAGACUCCACCAUGUCUCUGAACAUCAUUACCGUCACACUCAACAUGGAGAAGUACAACUUCCUGGGUAUCAGCAUCGUGGGGCAGAGCAACGAGAGGGGCGACGGGGGCAUCUACAUCGGCUCCAUCAUGAAGGGAGGGGCGGUGGCAGCAGACGGACGCAUCGAACCCGGGGACAUGCUGCUACAGGUGAACGACAUCAACUUUGAGAACAUGAGCAACGAUGACGCUGUCCGUGUGCUGAGGGAGAUCGUACACAAACCAGGACCCAUCAUCCUGACAGUGGCCAAGUGCUGGGACCCGUCACCUCAGGGCUACUUCACACUCCCUCGCAAUGAGCCGAUCCGGCCAAUAGACCCAGCAGUGUGGGUGAACCACUCGGUGGCCCUGACAGGGGCCUACCCCCCCUACACCGCCAGCUCCGCUCUCAGCACCAUCACCUCUUCCUCCUCCGUCACUGAGACUGAACGUUUUGAUGACUUUAACCUGUCCCUCCACUCUGACAUGGCGUCGGUGGCUAAGGCCAUGGCGUCCCCGGAGUCUGGCCUGGAGGUCAGAGACAGGAUGUGGCUCAAGAUCACCAUCCCCAACGCCUUCCUGGGUUCUGACGUGGUGGAGUGGCUUUACCACCACAUCGAGGGCUUCCAGGACCGCCGCGAGGCCCGGAAGUACGCCAGUAACCUGCUGAAGGCCGGCUUCAUCCGCCACACGGUCAACAAGAUCACCUUCUCAGAGCAGUGUUACUACAUCUUCGGAGACUUCAGCGACUGCGAGAACUACAUGGCCAACCUGUCCCUGAACGACAACGACGGCUCCAGUGGGGCCUCUGACCAAGACACCCUGGCCCCCCUUCCCCUCCCGGGGGUCACGCCCUGGCCCCUGCUACACUCCUUCCCCUCCUUCCAGUACCCCCACCCUCACCCCUACUCCAGUCAACCCCCACCCUACCACGAGCUGUCCAGCUACAGCUUCGCCCCAGGCAGCACGGGCACAGCCAGCCAGCACAGCGAAGGGAGUCGGAGCAGUGGAUCUACAAAGAGUGAGGGUGGCGAGAGGCGGCGGGGAAUUAAGGGAGGUCCUGGCAGCACGGUGGGGGGAGGAGGAGGAGAGAAGUCCCCCUCUGGAGGGGAAGGGGAGGGCUCGGGCAGCGGCAGCGAAUCGGAAUACUCUGUCCGCAGCAGCCUGAGGCGUGGCCACAGCUCGGCCACGCCCAGCGAACACAGCCACACAUCCCAGCGCUCGCAUCAUCACCGCAUGCCCCCCCACAUGUCGCCCUACCCCCCCGGGAUGCCCAUGCCCUACAACCCUAUGAUGGUGAUGAUGGUGCCCCAACAUCCACACAUGGGACACCCAAACAUGGGACACCUCCACCAGCACCAUCCCUCGGUCCCCAUGCACCCAGGCUUGGGCCCCUCCGCUGUCCCUGGAGGACCACCCGGGGCCCCCCCCAACCCGUGACCUGGGCUCUGUGCCCCCUGAGCUGACCGCCUCGCGCCAGUCCUUCCACCUAGCAAUGGGCAACCCCAGCGAGUUCUUUGUGGAUGUCAUGUAGUGUGUGUGUGUGUGUGUGUGUGCUUGUGAGGUGAGUGACCAUUUGUGUGAGGUCUAGGAGUAUUCCACUCUCUGGAUGACUGACUGUUCUAGUCUGGUGGUAAUUAACUUGUGGUCUGAUUAGGCCCUAGUAGAUUGGUGUCGCUCAUUUCUAGUCUGGUAAAAACUGGGUUCAACAGUGAGUCAGACGAAUUUUGGC